CUUUCUGUCCUUUCACAGCCACCGUAGUGGGAGUCUAGCCAAACCAAUAUGGCGCUGCCCUGUCGGAAUAAUCUGAAGUUUCUGUUUAGUUUCCUUCCGAAGUCUAACUACUGGAAAAGGUCAUUUUGCGCUGCGAUGUCUCCGAAAAACCAGACUCCUCCUGGAAGUGGUCGCGUGUUCUCAGGUAUCCAGCCCACUGGAGUACCGCAUCUAGGGAACUACUUGGGCGCCCUGGAGAACUGGGUGUCCCUGCAGAACCAGUACUCGUCGGUGCUGUACAGCAUAGUGGACCUGCACUCCAUCACGCAGCCCAAGGACCCGGCUCUGCUCAGGAACAACAUCCUGGACAUGGCAGCCAGCCUGCUGGCCUGUGGCGUCGACCCAGAAAGGGCGAUCCUCUUCCAGCAGUCUCAGGUGUCUGAGCACUCUGAGCUCUCCUGGAUCCUCGGAUGCCUGACCAGCAUGCCCCGCCUACGGCACCUGCCACAGUGGAAGGUGAAGAGCAAACAGAAGAACGAGGGCAGUGUAGGCCUCUACACGUAUCCAGUCCUCCAGGCUGCAGACAUCCUCCUCUACAAGUCCACACACGUCCCUGUCGGGGAGGAUCAAGUCCAGCAUCUGGACCUGGCUCAGGAUCUCGCUCGUAUCUUCAACUAUCACUAUGGAGAUGUGUUUCCUGAAGCUCGUGCACUGCUGAGCUCCACCAGAAAGGUCAAGUCCCUCCGUGACCCCUCUGCCAAGAUGUCCAAGUCAGACACACAAGCAAUGGCGACCAUCAGCAUCACCGACUCUCCCGAUGACAUCGCCCUCAAGAUCCGCCGCGCUGUCACAGACUUUACCUCUGAGGUCACCUUUGACCCAGAGACCCGCCCAGGUGUGUCCAAUUUGGUGACCAUCCAUGCUGCCAUGGCGACCAUCACCGUGCAGGAGGCGGUGUCGCGGGCCAAAGGGUUGGACACGGGAGCCUACAAGACGCUGGUGAGUGAGGCAGUGAUCCAGAGGCUGACGCCCAUCAGAGAGGAGUUCCAGAGGCUGAGGGCAGACCGGGCUCACCUGCAGAACCUGCUGGAGCUGGGGAACCGCAGGGCCCGGGAACUGGCUGCACCUGUGAUGGCAGAGGUCCGACACAGAGUGGGCUUCAGCUGAGGGGCGGCAAAACAACGUCCUGUUUGUACAGCAGCUCAUUAAAGUGUGAGGUUUUAUUCCAGCGACGGUUUCUGUCUCGGUUUUAUACGGUUUCUAACUCAUGCAGAGAGAAAAUGUGUGGAAACGACCCAACGAGGCGGAUGUGGUUUCGACGGAAAACCGUUAGCUGGUGGUGAACCCGGUUUUUCCCAGAGACUGGAACAAGGAGACUGCACACUCUUCAGGGUCUUACAGCCCAGUUUUCUGCUCUAUUUACUUUUGUCUGUUAUAAAUACAUGAUCUUUACCGUAAUUACCAUCUGGUCUGUGAGCCACCAGGAGAGAACUAAUAAAAAAAUAAGAGUUAAUUCAACUUUAACCUUUCAAGUCAACAAUUUGUUCAAACAACAGAAACAACUUACCUGAUUCAAACGUAUGAACAAUGGAGAUUUUGUCCGUUUUCCUUUAGCUUUGACUCAUCAUCCUGGUACUAAACCCACAUACACUCAGACUAGCUGUUAGCUUAUCAGUCCUGUGGAACAGGAGCUGUUUCUUUAAACAGGUUGUUCACCAGCCUGUAAAAGCUUUAUUGGUCGUUUCAGAUGCGCCAAAACAAUAAAUCUGAAAGGCUGGACUGUAAUGAUUUUGUCCCGGAAGCAUUGGUUAUUCACGUGGAAUAAAAUGUUUGUUUACAUAUAAAAAAAGAAUUGUUUUAUUUAUUUAUUUUAGUUGGGACACAUUUUUUCAGUUUUACAUUUAAAGAUAAUCCAAACUUGCCCACCUGUAUGUUUUAUUUUCCCUUCAGCAGUUAACCGUCAUUAACUUAGACUCUGGUUUUUGAGGGGUUUUUUUCAGCACCAGAAAUAAAACGGAUUUAUUUUAUUAACAUGUGUGAAGUUCCUUAAACAGCUGAAGGGGUUCCCUGUAAAACUACACAUCAGUGGUUUUAUUUAUAAUGAGAAUAAACUUGUUUUGUCUCUUUAA